AUGGAAGCUUAUCACUGUGAAGACUGUGAUUUUAAGACGGAAUUGCUAUUUGUGCUUAAACAACACAUUAAUAAACAUCACCGCCCUCAGAGAGAAUCUAGUGAGGAAACAUUUAGUGAUGAAACAUCUAAUGAUGAAACAUCUAGUGAUGAAACAUCUAGUGAGGAUUCCAGCAAAGAAAACUACGGUUGCGCCAAAUAUUACUUUGAGCCAAAUCUGUCGUUAAAGUUGUUUCAGCAUACUUCAGCAUGCACGGAAACGAAAGAAAAUCCUCAAAGUGUGAAUUCUUUGAAAGAGAGUGCCACAUACAGUUCCGACUUCAACCAGACUGACGAAAUACCUUGGUAUUAUUGCGACAAAUGUCUCUACAAAUGUAAAAUCAAAACAAAUUUAACUCGUCACCUUAGAUUUUUCCAUUCGCACAGGUGGUAUGCAUGCGACAAAUGUCCAUAUAAAACUAGAUAUAAAUCCGCUUUAAAAAUUCAUAUAAAUAGAAUACACUUAAAUGAACAAGAUGUUGAAUGGUACAAGUGCCAAAAAUGUCCAUUCAAGACCAAAACAAAAUAUAAUUUAAGACAACACACAAAGAACUUACACUUCAACGACGAAGAUGUUAAGUGGUACAAAUGCAAACAGUGUUGUUUCCAAACUAAGCAUAAAGAAUACAUAAAGGUACACCAACAUGUGAAACAUCUAGACGAAGAAAAAAUUAAAUGGUAUGAAUGUGAAAAUUGCCCAUUCAAAGCCAAAUUUGCAUCGUACUUAAAAAGACAUGUACUUAUUUAUCAUUCGGAUGAAAAAGAAGGUAAAUGGUACGCAUGUACGACCUGUUCAUUUAAAAGUAGAUGUGGGUUUGAUUUAAGUAAGCAUUUGAUGAUCCAUUCGAAGAUCAAAUCGUAUCAGUGCGACUAUUGUUCAUUUAAGUCGAAAUACAAUUAUUGUUUAAAGCGUCAUAUAAAUAAUCGUCAUAAGAAUGGAACGGAUGUUAAGGAGUAA